CAAAAUUAACAUAAAAUGGGGUCAAGUGAUAUCACCUCCUUGGCUCUUGUUUGUCUCACGCUCUUAGCAAUGCUCCAUUCCUCCCAUGGCCAGAACUCCCCACAAGACUACCUCGACGGCCACAACUCCGCUCGAUCGGCCGUUGGGGUGGGCCCCAUGACAUGGGAUGACAACGUGGCGGCAUUUGCCCAAGACUACGCCAACCAACGUAUUGGCGAUUGCGCUCUCCAACAUUCUGGAGGCGGAGGAAAGUACGGCGAGAACAUCGCCAUCGGAAGCGGGGACUUCAUGACUGGGGCCAAGGCCGUGGACUUGUGGGUCGGGGAGAGCGCCAAUUAUGACUAUAACUCGAAUUCGUGCAUUGGUGGGGAGUGUGGGCACUACACUCAAGUGGUUUGGAAGAAUUCGGUUCGGCUUGGGUGCGCUAGGGUUCAGUGCAACAGUGGAUCGUGGUUCAUUACUUGUAACUACGAUCCACAAGGCAACUUUAUUGGGGAGCGCCCUUACUAGAGGAAUACUAGUAUGUUUUAUCAGGUCCAUGCGUGAGUGAUUAAAAUGUCUCCGAAAUAAAAUUAAUGGUAGUACUGUUGGUUGCAGUAUAAACGGAGAUGAAAUAAAUUAGUAACAAUUAAGCGUUUACAUCGUGGCUGUCCUCUUUAAUUUUCUAAGAUUCAACUUCAUGUACCAUGUGUGAUGUUUACAUAGUAUGAUAUUGAGUUGGCUUACGUACAUUUAUAAUUAAGCAUCUAGUCAAUUCCUAUAUACCUAUCCAUUCACCA